AUGGAUAUCAUCGAUCGAUGCAAAUUAUACCCCCUAGACAAGUUUUUUCGUCCCACUCGGUGUUCGCUAUCAUGGCUUACUGCUCUGUCGGCUACUGACAGGCUGAAGGAAAUCCGAUUUCUACACGUUAUUGAGACAUCCAUUGGGCUUAUUACUUCAUGGAAACAGCUUUUACUGGACCAGUUACUUAGCCGGGAGCCUCCAGGCGCGGUACUCAUAAUAGACGCCAUAUCAGUUUGGUCCGAAGCUGCCCGGAAGGCGACGAAUAAAGACCGGGUUCACUACAUUAACAACCCCAGCCUGCUACAGUUUGCAGGUAUCGUUGGGUUCCUUGCCCAGCUAAAUGAGAGUCCUGAGAUGACGGUAAAGAGUCGAUGCGAAAGCAGUGCCUCUAUCAACCUACCGCUCACAACCAUUAUUAUAGAUAACUUAUCGAUUUAUAACUAUCAAGAAGGAUUGAACCUCAUUGCGCUUCGAAAGAUGUUUGACACACUCCAUGAAACCUUUGGAUGUGUUAUAAUAACGUUUGGAUAUGGAAUUGAAUAUUAUGAAGGGGUGGAGAACAGUUUUCCGGCCAACUCCUCGGAAUUAAAGGGCCCUUGGCCCACCAGACUUGAUCAGGCAUAUUUAAAGUCUAUGGAUUCUGUCCUAGCACUUUCAGAAGACCCUCGCAGAUGA